AUGGCGCUGGAGAUCGAGCACACCCACCUCCCCAUCCGCGGCCUCAACCUCCACGUCGCACACGUAGGCAAAGGUGACCUGGGCACGGUGGUGUUCCUGCACGGCUUCCCGGAGAUAUGGUACUCGUGGCGCCACCAGAUGCUGACCGUGGCCGCGGUGGGGUACCGCGCCAUCGCGCCGGACUGCCGCGGGUACGGCCUGUCGGACCAGCCGCCGGAGGACGAGGAGGCCUCCCUUGACGACCUCGUCGCGGACGUGCUCGGCAUCCUCGACACCCUCAGCGUCCCGAAGGCCUUCUUGGUGGGCAAAGACUUCGGCGCCAUGCCGGCGUACGAGUUCACGCUGCAGCACCCGGACCGCACCCGCGACGUGGUGUGCCUGGGCAUCCCCUUCAUCCCGGUGCCCAUGUCCUUGGACGCCAUGCCCGAAGGCUUGUACAUCCAGCGCUGGCGCGAGCCGGGCAGGUCGGAGGCCGACUUCGGCCGGUUUGACGUGAGGCGCGUGGUGCGCACCGUCUACGUGCUCUUCUCCGGCGCCGAGAUCCCGGUUGGCAAGGAAGGGCAGGAGAUCAUGGACCUGGCCGACCUGGCCGACCCCCUCCCGGAGUGGUUCACCGAGGAGGACCUGGACGCCUACGCCAAGCUCUACGAGAAGUCCGGCUUCGGCUACCCGCUCAAGAUGCCGUACAGAGCUAUACACAAGAUCCCGAACCGGCUGGACGCCAAAUUCCGGGUGCCGGUGUUCAUAGUGAUGGGGGAGAAGGACUACUGCUUCAAGUUCCCGGGGUUCGAGACCGCCAUGCGCAGCGGCGUCAUGAACAACUUCAUGCCGGACCUCAAGAUCACCUACAUCCCGGAGGGGAGCCACUUCGUGCAGGAGCAGCUCCCAGAGCAGGUCAACGACCUGCUCCUCGGCUUCCUCGACGACCAUCCCUCCGCGGCAUAA